AUUUUUAUUUACUUUUUUAAAUCUAAUAAUUAAACUUCCUACUCGUCAAAAUCUUAGUGAAACAAUCUUGAAUAAUGCUGCAACAUAUAUUCAAAAUAAGAUAAUUAAAAAGGCAACUGAAGAAGAAAUUAUAGUUACACUAUCAAUAGACGGUUGGACAAAUAUCAAGGCACAAAACUUACUUGGUGUUGUUAUGAUUACAUCAGUUGAUCAUAGCCGUACUGAAGAUAUUAUGAAACAAAUUGAAGAAGUUUAUAAUGAUGUCAGGUCUAAUAAUAUUAAAAUUGCUUGUAUUGUUACUGAUAGUGCUGCAGCUUAUGCUACAGCAAG